AAUAAAUAAUAAAACCACCGCAUCCUCUCUCUCUCUGCUUACAUUCUUCUUCAUUAACUGUAACCUGUCAGUCAGGUGUCUUGCUUCUUUAUAGUUAUUAAAGCCCUCCCUCCCUCCCUCUUCCUCCAUCUCUGAAAUACAAAUAAACGGAAGAGAAAGAUGCUUGUUACAGCAAUGCAGACAAGAACAGUAGAAGUGAGGAAUGUAUCAGAUCUAGCAAGUGAGAGAGAGGUUCACGAGUUCUUCUCCUUCUCUGGCGAAAUCGAACACAUUCACAUCCAGCGUGAAAAUGGGCAAUCAAAAACUGCGUUUGUCACAUUCAAAGAUCCUAAAGCACUUGAAAUUGCGUUGUUGUUAUCGGGAGCAACUUUAGUAGACCGGAUAGUGACUAUAACCCCUGCUGAAAAUUAUGUACUGAAUCGUGAGCUACAGGAAGUAAGGAACGUGGAAAAUGCUGUCUCUGUAGUUCCUUCGGAAAACUUCCCCUCAAAUGUUGAGCAGGGGAAAACUAGCCCUUCAGGCAGUGGAAGAGUCUAUGUCAGCAGAGCACAAGAAGUAGUCACGAGUGUGCUAGCAAAAGGUUCGGCUAUUAGCCAAGAUGCAAUGAAUAAGGCCAAGGCAUUUGAUGAGAAACAUCGAUUGAGUGCGAGUGCAUCUGAGAAGGUAACUUCUUUUGACCGGAGAGUUGGGCUAACAGAGAAAUUGACGAUUGGAAUUUCAGUAGUUAAUGAGAAAGUGAAGUCUGUUGACCAAAGGCUUCAUGUGUCGGAUAAAACAAUGGCAGCUAUAUUUGCAGCAGAAAGGAAGCUAAAUGACACAGGAUCAGCUGUAAAAUCGAGCAGGUAUGUGAGUGCUGGAACAGCCUGGCUAAAUGGUGCCUUUAGUAAGGUGGCGAGGGCUGGGCAGGUCGCUGGUACAAAAACAAGAGAAAAGUUCAAUUUGGCUGUUUCGAAUUUGACUGCUAAGGAAUCUCCAAUUGCUGUAUGAGCCAGAAAUUCAGUGUCAGCUGAAAUUGCUUCAUCAAACGUAUUGUUGCAUGCAUUUAACUUCUAUGUUGCUCCAAUCACCAAAUUUGGAGAAAAGGAUAUAUAGAAUUUGGAGUUUCUGGUUCGGUAUGAAGGAUGAGAGCAAUUUGUGCAGUGUCCCCAUAAUGCAUUCGUCUAUGGUUUGGUUCAUGCGUGUCAAUUCAAUUCAAUACUUAUUUCAAUAUUCUUUGGUUCCAAGGGUAUUCUAUGCCUAUGGCUUCCUUGUAAUUUUGCAGUUUGCAACAUUGUUUGUUUCCAAGUCACAACGAUAAUUCACCAAGAGAGAAUGCUUUCUCUUCCUGUUACCAGUUAUGGCUUUGUUAUCUUCAUUGUCUUUCACCAAAUCUAUUUAUUUGAACUAUCCUAGAGUUGUUUUGAAAUGGAAGUCUGUUGUAGGAUAAAUUUGAUAGGCAAGCUGGGAUAUUUUUUUCAGUGUUUGUAAUAAUUGAUGUGUGAGACAUAAUGAGCAGGGUGAAAUUUUUGUGUCGCA